GUUAAUUUUAUCGAGCAUUAAAAUAAAAGUGAAUGUGUUGUGAUAAGCUGUGUUUAAGAAUAUUAUCAAGAAAUGUAUUUACUUGAUAGUGACUCAGUGUGUGAGAAACAAUUGAGAAACAACAAGAGUGAUAUUUAAAGGAACCUAGAUAUUCACGAUGCAGGGCUUAUAUCAAAGCAUAUAUGCAGACACAGGUGAAGGGAAGAAUCUCCAGAGAGCCAACAUGACGGAGGUGAAGAGCCCAGAGGAGACGGACAAAUUAGUUCAGCAGAUGCGUGAUUGGUACGACAGUCAGCCACAUUUACCUAAGGAUAUAGAUGACAAAUUCCUCCUUCGCUUCCUGCACAGUUGCUAUUACGAUGUGGAGGCUGCGACGGUGGCAAUGGACCUCUUCUUCAGCAUCAGACUGUCCGCUAUAGACCUGUUCAGCAACAGGGACCCUUUGUCGUUGGCCAUGCAGAAAACAUUCAAGAUAACAAAUCUAGCUCAGCUUCGAAUUUCGGGCAACAGAAAGCUAUGGAUAUGGCAACUAAACGACCCAGGUUUAGAUAACUACGACUACGCACAAGAUGCGAAAUUGUUCCUGUUAUCAACUGACGCUUGGCUCUUAGAAAAUGACGACUUUUUGGAGGAGAGCGAUAUAGUCCUGAUGGAUGUUAAAGAUAUAUCGCUGAAAUUUCUUACCAAGUUCAACAUGUCUAUCGCUAAGAAGAUGACCAGAUAUCAACAGGAAGGGAUGCCCAUUCGGCUGAAAGAGAUACACAUAGUGAACGCACCUUCGUACAUUGACAAGAUCUUUAAUUUGCUCAAACCUGUGCUGAAGCCGGAAAUUACACAAAUGGUGCAUUUCCACACGCCAAAAUCGGAGACUCUGUAUCAGUACCUGAGCAGGGCGGAGCUGCCGGCGGAGCUCGGCGGCGCGCGCGGCGCGCUGCGCGGGCACGCGGCGCACGUCGCGGACAUGGUCGCCAGGCACCGGGACCGAUUAAAUGGGAAGCUGUGGAUUCCGGAAAAGAAGUCAAAAUCGAAAUCUAAACUCGAUCCCGUGUCGUCCGACGUGGCGCCGAGUUUCAGAGCUCUAGCCAUCGACUGACAAACAUCGCUGUUGACUAGCUGCAGCCCGCGCGCUCACAUGCCUGGGAAUUCAGGGAAUUUCCAGCCUUAGCUUAUUCUGUUAUAGAGAUGUUGAUAUUAUUUUAUUAUUAUUUCAAUUGGUACUUUCAAUUUAAUUUUAGAAUACUUAAAAAAUUUAAAUGAUGCAAACGUUUAAAAUUCCAAGUUAUAUAUGAGCAUAUGACGUCACGCUCCAUACUCCGUUUUGCGAGAAAGGGACAGAUAACUAUCUUUCAGAAUUGAGUUUUAAACUUCUUAUUCAUUUGAUAAUUUUUUGAGAUCUAAUGUGUCCUUAAUAAUAAAAUUUAAACGGCUUACAUUUCGAUUUAAUUUUCUCUCUAGUGUCAACCCUAUUUUCAUAAUUUGUUGUGCAAUUUAGUAAAUCAAAAUUACAAUAUUCCUGUUAGUUGUUCGUGCCAAUGGUGUCUCUAUCGUGGGUAUUCGGGGAAAUCAAUUCUUAGCCAUUUGCAUUGUGUUAUAUUAUGAUUAUACAUAUUUUUGUAUUCAAACCUUGACAGAUCUAUAACCAAAGUUUAAAAAAUUUUUAAAUAAAGGUGCACACAGUGACACUUUUCACAUUACAAUAUAAUUACAAUACAAAAAAUUUACUACCUUUAUUUUAAAGAUUUAUAGAUUUUUAAAUUAUUUAUUUCAAUAAAAAUAUCAAGAAUGUUCAACUUUUUUAAUCGUACAAAUGGUGUUUUUAUUUAUAUUUAUAAAGCUGCCAAGUAUUUUUAAGAUAGUAUUUACAUUUUGUUAUACAAAUUCCAUACCUGUUUAUUAAUAAAAUUAAUUUGUAUUACAUGUUUCAUAAUAUGCGUUGAGUUUUUUAUGUUUAAAAAACAAUAUGGUGUUAAAUUUUCAUUAAAGAUUAGAUUUAUUUUAGAUUUAUUUAACUUACAUAAAUAUAAUAUAAAAUGCUUGUGAUAUUAGAUUCAAAAAAGUAUAUUUUUUGAUGAUAAUAAUAAAAAUAUAUCUGAAUGUUUGUUCCUUAGUAGAUUUAAAAUGUAUUAUCAAAUUUUAUUAUAUUUCUUAAUUGUAAUUUUUCUGCAGUAUAGAUAUAAAAGAUCAAUAGUUUUAUGUCAAGCAAAUAAAAAGUAGGAACGUAGUUUUAUAUUGGAUCGAAUCCAAAAUUCAGAUGACAGAUAAAGUAUCGAAAAAUAUCUUGUAAAAACAUAAAGAACUAUAGGUAAUUUAGAAUUAUUCCGAUUUGUCACCCUACUUUAUCCACUGAGUUAGUCUAACAGAUCAGAAAAACAUUUUAUUUGUGCCCCCAUUGUACCCCUAUAGGAACAGGAAAAAUGAAACUUUUUUCUGGUAAAAUUUUUAAUGUUCUUUCGUCAUAUGCUGUAUUUUUCAAAACCAUUCAUAAUAUAUAUAUACAACAUUAGGUAUAUUAAAUAUGUAAGGAAGAUUAUAACCCCAAAACAUUGUUUCUUACAAAAAAAUAAUAAUUUUAUUAAAUUCUGUGUGGAGCACAGAAAUCAGACUUUUUUUUUAUAGUGAGGGGGACUAAUAAGAAGAUAUUUCACAGGGGACAGAUUAAACAUAUUUUUUGUAUAUUUAUGCCUUUUAUGAAUUAGGGAAGUCGAAUUAAUUUAGUGAUUGUGAGAAUCUCGUAAAAAUUUAAAUUACCAAUGAAAAAAUAGUUAAAUAAAAACUAGGAAGCGUCUGCAUUUAGGGGGGUUUAAUUUAAAAUAAGUUACCGAAGUAUGUAAAAAUAAUUUGAUUUAUUUGUUAAUAAGAAUUUUGGGCACAAUUUUUAUAAAAAUGAAAUUGUUAAUUUAUUUAUGUACUUUUGUUAUUUACAUUUUAUAAAAAUGUGUAAAUAUAUAUAAUGUGAUAAAUAUUUUUUUAAUAAAAUUAUGUUUACCGAAA